AGAUUAUAUAUAACCUAAACAAAGAGUUAUUCUCAACAAGUUUACAUGGUUUUAUGCAUCUUGCACAAAAUAUAUUUCAGUAUAAAUGUAACAUUAUUUUUAACGUUUGUAGAAUGGGGACUAGAAUACUCCAAAGACUAAUUGUGUCAACAUUUCUAAAUAAUGUUACACCCAGACGGCAAUUAAGGUUAUGUGAAAAAAUAGUUUGUGCCCAUAAUUUAAACACAACUUACGUUAGGAAUUAUGCAAAAAGUAAAGACAAAGGAAAGGAAAAAAAAGGUAAAGGCACUAAAGUUGAAAUUAAUAUGGCAGUUCUCUCCGAACUUAUACCGGUAGACAAGAUGAAAGACCGCUGCAGUGCCGCUAUUGAAAAUAUGAAGGCGGAUUUUGCUAAACAUUUGUCUAUAAGAUCAACCACUGGCUCGAUAGACACAAUACCAGUAAAAUUCGAGGGCAAAGAAUAUGAACUACAAGAACUAGCUCAGAUUGUAAGAAAGAAUCCUAAAACGAUAGUAAUAAACUUCUCUUCUUUUCCCCAAGUCAUACCGGAGGCCUUGAAAGCCAUCAGUAGUUCUGGUCUAAAUUUAAAUCCACAACAAGAUGGAACUACACUGUUUGUGCCUGUGCCUAAAGUCACAAAGGAGCACAGGGAAGCAUUGGCUAAGAAUGCUAAGGUGUUGUACAUAAAGUGUAGGGAUGCACUCAAAGACAUACAAAAUGAAAACAUAAAGAAAAUGAAGAAACAGACUGGUGUAUCUGAAGAUUUAAUAUUUAACGGAACAAAACAAAUAAAUGCUUUGUGUGAAAAAUAUCUAUUAGAAGCGAGAAGUAUUUAUGAUGCCAAAUGUGUUGAAUUAGUUGGGAAGUAGGUGUUUGUGGAAAUAACUUUGUGUUGUUAAUGAAUAGAAUAAUAUGCAUAAUAUAUAUUUAAGAAAAUAUGCCAUGCAUCUUUUCAAUAAACACCA